GAGAACCUCGGGAAAUUUCGGUUGUGCCUUUAAAUAUCUUCACAAAUCCUCUUGUGUUUUUCAUCAGAAGUCGAAUAAUCAAAGUUCACACAAACAUCAUCAAAAGUUUCUUCAAGCAAAGAAAGCAAAUCAAAUUCUCUAAAAAUGUCGAUGAUUCCAAGCUUCUUCAACAACAACAGGCGUGGCAACAACAUCUUUGAUCCUUUCUCUCUUGACGUUUGGGAUCCAUUCAAAGAACUUACAUCAUCUUCGCUUUCACGUGAAAACUCUGCGAUCGUUAACGCACGUGUGGACUGGAGAGAGACGCCGGAGGCGCACGUGUUCAAAGCGGAUUUGCCGGGAUUGAAGAAAGAAGAAGUGAAAGUUGAGAUGGAGGAAGAUAGUGUUUUGAAGAUCAGUGGAGAGAGACACGUGGAGAAAGAAGAUAAGAAUGACACGUGGCACCGUGUGGAGAGAUCGAGUGGACAGUUUACGAGGAGGUUUAGGUUGCCGGAGAAUGUGAAGAUGGAUCAAGUUAAGGCUGCGAUGGAGAAUGGUGUGUUGACUGUGACUGUGCCUAAGGCUGAGACUAAGAAGGCUGAUGUGAAGUCAAUUCAGAUCACUGGUUGAGUAUUUUGGUUCGAGUUUUGUCGCCGGAGUUUCUUGUGUUUGUUUUGGUUGUGCUUCUGGUUUCUAAGUGUGUGAGUCUAUCUAAAUCAGAAUAAUUACUAAUCAGUUUGAGUUAUGAUGUAUCUUUAUUAUGUAUGGAAUAAAUAAUAGUUAUUAACGAUUGUCUAAAUUCUAAAGAA